ACAUUUUCGUAAGGGUACAGACGGGCGUAUUAUGUGCUCGCCUUAGUGACACUCUUGUUUUUAUUCAAAUCAACUUCUCGUUUGCGUGGACUUGUCCUUUAAUAAUGAUCAGGAUGUUAUUACUAUCAUAUACUAUGUACUACGUAAAGAAAGAAAUAAACUAUACGCUGCAUGUGAGAUGCAUGCUAGAGACUGUCAAUGUGGGCAACCUGCAGGUAGCAAAAAUAGUUACCUACAAGAUCCUUCUUUUUUUUUCUUUUACUGAAAAGUUCGUGAGACAUCUUCCAACCUUCACUCUUCUUUUGAAAAUAGGAUUAGAUGUCCGUCCAUCGGAGCUUUUGCAGCCUCAGCAAAGUGAAAAGAAACCGAUCCUAAAGGACUUGGGAAAUGGUAAUCUCCUUGAAUCAACAGACUUUGAUAAAUCCAUCCCAUUACAAACCAAUCCAACAUCAUCAGGUGAUCAGGGUAGUCAAUCAGGUGAUCUCAACACCCAGUCAUGUGAUCAGAAGACCAAACUAACAGAGGGAGCUCAAGGAACUGACCAAACCCCCAAGCAGUCCCAGGCAACUUCUUUGGAUGACAAUGGACAAGUAACUGGACAGGGUGGAAAUCUUUCAGGUUCUGGAAUUUGCAGAUGCAAGUACUGUGGAUCACCCUAUGCUAUUCCUCUUAUCUUAGCAAGGCAUCUCAAGUACAAACAUGGUCAUAAUGGUGGUAUUCUGGUACCAGAUUCAUCCCAUUCACGUUUUCUGCAGAUCAUCAAUGGAGAAAUACAAAACCCUUUUGAUAAACCCAAAGAGCCUUCACAUGAUGAAACAGGAAGUGCAAAAAUAGGAAGGAAGACUAAAUAUGUAAUAUAUCUUAGGAAACCGAGUGAAAAGCAAAAACAGAAUUCUUACUUCUCCAGACAAUGUGAGAAGGUAAUUAAUCAUCAAGUUGGGGAUGCCAUAGCAGGUGAAAGAAUUCAUACAGGUGAUCAGCGCUAUGUUUGUUAUUAUUGUGACAAAGCAUUCUAUGAAGCAAGUGCUCUCAAAGCCCAUGCACAAAUCCAUUAUGAAGUGCAUGUUUGCGAUUAUUGUGAUAAGACUUUCCAUUUUGCUUCCGCUCUUAAAGCACAUAGAUGUAAAAGAAUUCAUACAGGUGAGAAACCCUUUCAUACAGGUGAGAAACCCUAUGUAUGUGAUCAUUGUGGUAAGGCAUUUAUUCUACCAGGUCUUCUCCGCGCACAUAAACGAUACCAUACUAGUGAUAAGGCCUUUGUUUGUGAUUAUUGUAAUAAGGCCUUCUAUAGUUCCUCUUCUCUCGAAGCACAUAAACGGAUCCAUACAGGUGAGAAGCCCUAUGUAUGUGAUCAGUGUGGUAAGGCAUUUAAUGGGAAGGGUAAUCUCGCAAGACAUAAACGAAUCCAUACAGGUGAGAAACCAUAUGUAUGUGAUCGAUGUGGUAGGGCAUUUAGUGAAGAAACUACUUUCAGUAGACAUAAACAAGGUCAUGCAAAUGAGAAGCGCUUUGUAUGUGUUCACUGCGGUAAGGCAUUUAAUCAAAUGCUUAAUCUUAGUAUACAUGAACGAAACCAUACAGGUGAGAAAAAUUAUCUCUGUGAUCAAUGUGGUAAGGCAUUUUAUAGAGCUGAUCAUCUCAAAGCACAUAAAAGAAUUCAUGAUUCUGACAAACCCUAUGUAUGUAUUUAUUGUGGUAAGUCAUUUAAUUAUGCGUGUGAUCUAAAAAUUCAUAAACGAAUCCAUACCGGUGAAAAGCCCUAUGAAUGUCAUUUUUGUGAUGAGGCAUUUCGUCAAAGUAGCACUCUCAAAAGCCACAUUACAAGUAAGCACAAGUGAGAAGCCCAUUGCAUGUGCGGUGAAGCUUUUUUUUUCAUCUUGGAAGCAAUCUCAAAAGUCGUAUGCAAUUUCAUACAGUUGAGAAGCCCUAACAGUAACAAUAUGGCAGGGCAUUUUGUCAUCAGUAAAAACAUGAACAAAUCCAUUCAGUGAAGAAACCCAAUGGUCCAAAUUCACAAAGGUAGUUUUGAAAACCAUCGGUUGAACCCACUGUUUUCAUAUGCAGAUUUCCUGUAUAAAUUUUCCUUGCAAGAGAACAAUUUCCAAUGUUGAUGUGUGCUUUUCAGGUCGCCAAAUUUACGCUUGUUGCCAUGGUUAAGUAUGCUUGAGUCCACUGUUUUAACAACAGACAGUUGACUCCUGAAUAAAGUAGCAUAUGUAUGUCAUCAAUGUGCGACAGAAAUUAGAUGCGGAUCUAUCCUCACAAAACAAAUUCACAGACGUUUCUGAUGAAUACAGUCUGAACAUUUUUUAAUUUACACGACAUCAGAUAGAAGUGCAUCCUGUGGAAUAGUUUUUUGUGAAUCAGAAAGAACAAAAAAGCUCUCGCUUGCUUUGUGGUUGAGAAGCAAUAUGCAUGUGAUCAGCAUUGGGAGACAGACCAAUUUGUAAACCGGUGUGUUGGCUCAGUUGGUAGAGCGUCCGUUUAAAAACCGGGAGGUCGGGGGUUCAAACCCCAGCCGCGUCAGACCAAAAGACGUUAAAACAUGGGAGUUGCUGCUAACCUGUUUGCGUUCAACAAUUAAAGGGAUAGAGCCUCGUCGAUCUGGCGCUGCACAGGGGCUGCCGGGCCCACGAUCAAUUGGGCAAAGCAAAUUUUCAGAGUAUUUCAUUUCAUGUCAAUCUCGAAUAAUAAAUUAUGGAUUUCUCAUUUUCAUCAUUUUUCAGAUGUUAGAAUAAUUGUUUGUUUUAAAUUCAAAUUAAAAAAAAAGUUUGUAAAAAAAUCAUGUAAAAAUAAAAAAAAAUAGAAAAACAAUUAUAUAAAUGCUGUUAAAAUAACUAAAAAAUAAAAUGCAGUGAAAGAAAAUAUGUCAGUGGCAACACGAAAAUCAUAAACAACAUUCUUAGUAUGAAAAAUGAUUAAAAUAAUUAAAUAUGAUUUUUGGUUAUCGGAUGGAAAAUCUAUAAAAGACAACAUUAUUAUUUUUUUUAUCACCAUUGGAAAGAAUCUUAACACCAGGUCAAGAAAGUGAUUCUUAUUUACGUCAUUUAGGGAAACCAAUUACAGGAUCUGUUUCUUUCCCCUCAUUUCUGCCAAAAUACUGUUUUGUCAUCUAAAAAUGGAAAAUCCCCAUGAUAUGACUGUAUUGAUAAUAGUAGGCCUAUAUUAAAACAGUGAUUAAUGUAUUAUGUAAACCUUCAUGCAAUACAUAUAAUUUUUGUUUUUAGAUGCCUCAUGAACUUUAAUAGUGCAAAUUACUUAGUAUUUUUAAAUCUUGGAUGAUAUCCUAUAUCUCUUAAGAAAUUAUCUAAAUUCAAUUUAAUCACACAUUUGCUUUUUCUAUUUUUUUUCUAUUUUAUUUGUACAUAUCUUUUAUGUCACUGUAUUUUCUCCCACUUUAAUUUGCUAAAAUUAGGGUCAAUCUUUUAAGUUUCUAAUUUACUUCUUUUGACCCUCCACAUUUUUAUAAUGUAUUUUGUAUUAUCUAUGGUUAUGCUCUGUGUAUACGUUAUAUUUGCUAUGAUUUGAUGUGCUUAUAGUGUAAAUUUUUUUUUCCAAACAUUUUUAUAGGAAUGUGAAAAAUAAACUGAACUUUAAUUUUGUGAUAAGACAUAUCUCACAUUCAAUAAUACAUCAAUACGUAAUUGAUGUCAGUUAGCAGAGUUUAUCCUACCUUAAUCUUCAGAGUAAAGGUAUCCUGCGCUAUUUGUUAUCUGUCAUCAAGUUAUCAUCAUCUUCAAUAAAUAUAUAUAAUAUGAA